AUUACUAACGAGUUCAUUGAUUACAAACAAAACUUGAUUUCAGCAAUCAAAUAUUUGAUUGAUAACUCUAUUCUGUUCAAAAACACUUCGCGUGAUAUUAUAGUAAGGCUAAACAACAAACAGCUUCAACUCAAGCUUCUUUCAAAAUAAUGAAUUUAUAGGUUAAAACAGCUGAUGUGUCACUGACUUGUUUACGUUGACGAAAAUUUAUAAACAAACAUAAAUUGAAAUUUUGAGGUUAUUUCCAAAACGCAUUGAAUGCUAAGGCUAACAUAUUUUCAGUUAUAUUGGAAAUACAUUUUAUUUUUUCAUAAUUCUGGACUCCAGUUCAAAAUUAUCAAUUUUGUUGAUAAAUAAUAGCCAAUAUUUUAAUGAGACUAAUCGAAAAUAACAUAAAAGUUUGGUUAUGAUAAUAGACAAGACAACUUAAUAUUUAUAAAUUUUAUGUUUAACUGCAUAUAAUAAAUUUUUGUGAGACAACAUACAAGAUGAGUGAUGAUUCAGUUUGUAAGAAUAUCAAAGAAACAGAGGAGUUGAUACAUAAUGUUCUGUUGAGAAUAGAAUGCAUUGAGAAAGAACUAAGAACGACUCAGCUCGUUGAAGAUGAAAGGGAAAAGCUAGAAAAGGAGUUGGCUGAUGUGAAGAAAAUUGUGAUUGACAAUGAAAAGAAACUCAAAGGCUUGCACACUAAGAAUAGACAAAGUUUCAUGAUUGCUGUGCUUAUCAUGUUUAUUGGAUUCCUUCUAUUUGGUUUGUAUAGUAUGAAAGAGAACAAUUCCAGUAAUAAUUAAUUACACUUUUUUUAAAAAAAAACAUCAUGUUCCCAUUAUUAUCCUAUUUCACAAUAUGGUAAUUUCAAUGAAUUUACUAUAGACAACCGCAUGAAAAUACUCCGAUGAGAAUACUGCAACGUUUCCAAAUGAGAGUUGAUCAACGUUGCCCAUUCCAUAACUGAUUAUAAAUGAGAAUCAAUAUUUUUUAAAUACAACUGACGAGUCUAUGGGAGCGGUGGGGGGUUGAGAAGGAACUCACCUCUUUCAAUUUUCAUUCUGAAUAUGCAGAUGAAUAUUUUAGUGAAUUUUCAAACACCUUUGUAUGCUUCUUCUCUGAUUAAAAUUUAAUAACUAAUGGAGAUUGGAAACAUUCUCCAAACAUACAGUACAAUAUAAAUAGUUGGUCUUGGAAUGCAAUAGAUUCAGAUUCCGCUAAGCACUUCAUACAUCGUCAUACAGUUUCAAGUUAAUGAGAGAAUCAAUAACAAAAUAAUAGAAACUGCCAUCAAGUGAAAGGAAAACGUAUAAUUAAUUUAAAAACUAAUAUCAAAACAAUUGAGAUUGUCUUAAAAUAAACGGUAUUCUUUCAUUAAUAUUUACAGUUACAGAGAAAAAA